AUGUCUUCCCGACCAGAUCUAAGAGUGGACGACGAAGUCGGCUUCAUCCGAUUCUACCGCAACCUCUCCACAACCGACAACAACAAUGACACCAUCCGCGUAUUCGACCGCGGAGACUGGUACUCUGCGCACGGUGCCGAAGCCGAAUUCAUCGCCCGCACCGUAUACAAGACGACCUCCGUGCUCCGAAACCUCGGGCGCAGCGAGACGGGCGGUCUCCCUUCCGUCACGAUGAGCGUUACCGUGUUCCGAAACUUUCUCCGCGAGGCGCUCUUCCGUCUGAACAAGCGUGUUGAGAUCUGGGGCUCUAGCGGUGCUGGCAAGGGCCAGUGGAAGCUCGUGAAGCAGGCUAGUCCGGGGAAUCUGCAGGAUGUGGAGGAGGAGCUGGGGAGUGUGGGCAGUGGGCUCUCCGCGGAGUCGGCGCCUAUUAUUCUCUCCGUGCGGAUCUCGGCUAAGGCGGCCGAGGGACGCAGUGUGGGGCUGGGCGUGAGCGAGUUCUUGGAUAAUGAUAUCUACUCGAACUUCGAGUCGCUGGUUAUCCAGCUCGGUGUUAAGGAGUGUCUGGUGCAGGCGGAUGUGAAUAGGAAAGACGCCGACUGCGGCAUUGCGAUCUCGGAGCGUCCUGUGGCCGACUUUGGCGUCAAGGAUAUCGAGCAGGACCUGACGCGGCUGCUGCGGGAUGAGCGGUCUGCGGGCACGCUGCCGCAGACGGAGCUGAAGCUGGCGAUGGGGUCUGCGUCGGCGCUGAUCAAGUACCUGGGUGUUAUGUCUGACCCGACGAAUUUCGGCCAGUACCAGCUCUACCAGCAUGACUUGUCGCAGUUUAUGAAGCUGGAUUCGUCGGCGCUCCGUGCGCUGAAUCUUAUGCCUGGCCCGCGGGACGGGUCGCGCACGAUGAGCCUGUUUGGGUUGCUGAAUCAUUGCAAGACGCCUGUUGGGAGUCGGCUGCUGGCGCAGUGGUUGAAGCAGCCGUUGAUGGAUCGGCAGGAGAUUCUGAAAAGACAGCAGUUGGUGGAGGCCUUUGUGGAGAACACUGAGCUGAGGCAGACCAUGCAGGAGGAGCAUCUUCGGUCGAUUCCUGAUCUGUAUCGGCUGGCGAAGCGGUUCCAGCGGAAGCAGGCGAAUCUGGAGGAUGUGGUGCGCGUGUAUCAGGUGUCUAUCCGUCUGCCGGGCUUUGUUAGUUCGUUGGAGAAUGUGAUGGAUGAGAAGUAUCAGACACCGUUGGAGGCUGAGUAUGGGGCGAAGCUCCGGGCUCACUCGGAUAGCCUGGCCAAGCUGGAGGAGAUGGUCGAGACGACGGUCGACCUGGAUGCGCUGGAGAACCACGAGUUCAUUAUCAAGCCCGAGUUUGACGAGAGCCUGCGCGUCAUCCGCAAGAAGCUGGAUAAGCUGCGGCACGACAUGCACACGGAACACCGCACCGUCGCGAGCGAUCUCGACCAGGACAUGGACAAGAAGCUGUUUCUAGAGAACCACCGCGUGCACGGGUGGUGCUUCCGGCUCACGCGCAACGAGGCCGGCUGCAUUCGCAACAAGAAGCACUACCAGGAGUGCUCGACGCAGAAGAACGGCGUGUACUUCACCACCUCGAGGAUGCAGUCCCUCCGCCGGGAGCACGACCAGCUGUCAUCGAACUACAACCGAACCCAGACGGGCCUGGUCCACGAGGUCGUCAACGUCGCCGCAUCGUACUGCCCCGUGCUGGAGCAGCUGGCCGGCGUGCUGGCACACCUGGACGUCAUCGUCAGCUUUGCGCACUCGGCCGUGCAUGCCCCCACCCCGUACGUCCGCCCCACGAUCCACCCGCGCGGCACAGGCAACACCGUCCUGAAGGAGGCGCGCCACCCCUGCAUGGAGAUGCAGGACGACAUCUCGUUCAUCACCAACGACGUGGCCCUCGUCCGCGACGAGUCGUCCUUCCUGAUCAUCACGGGCCCCAACAUGGGCGGCAAAUCGACCUACAUCCGACAGAUCGGGGUGAUCGCGCUCAUGGCGCAAACCGGCUGCUUCGUACCCUGCACCGAGGCGGAGUUGACCAUCUUCGACUGCAUCCUGGCCCGUGUGGGCGCCAGCGACUCGCAGCUCAAGGGCGUUUCGACCUUCAUGGCAGAGAUGCUCGAGACCUCCAACAUCCUCAAGUCCGCCACCUCCGAGUCUCUAAUCAUCGUCGACGAGCUGGGCCGCGGCACGAGCACCUACGACGGCUUCGGCUUGGCCUGGGCCAUUUCCGAGCACAUCGUCACCGAGAUCCGCUGCUUCGGCCUCUUCGCCACACACUUCCACGAGCUAACCGCCCUUGCCGACCGGUACCCCAAGUCCGUCAAGAACCUGCACGUCGUGGCCUUCAUCGGGGACGGCACGGAGCAGGACGCCGACGCCGACGCUGAGAAAGCCAAGCAGAACCAAGUCACGCUGCUCUACCGCGUCGAGCCCGGCAUCUGCGACCAGUCGUUUGGCAUCCACGUCGCGGAGCUCGUGCGCUUCCCUGACAAGGUGGUCAACAUGGCGCGCCAGAAGGCGGAGGAGCUCGAGGACUUUACUACCUCGGAGAACCAGGGACAGAAGCAGCAGUCCGCCAUGGCCGUCGAUCCGUAUUCGCCGGAGGAGGUCGAGGAGGGCAGUGCGCUGCUCAAGGCGAUGUUGCUUAAGUGGAAGGCGAACACGGAGGAUAAGGACCUCUCUGUCGAGGAGAAGCGGCAGAUCAUGCGCGACCUCGUCAAGGCGGAUGAGAAGUUGCAGGCGAACAAGAUGUUUCAGGGAAUUAAGACUUUAUACGAUGGAUUGCUGCGGGUAUUCUGGCCAUACGACCUACCGAGGUCUUCGGCGCCGGGGGUGAUCGUGGGCUGGCGGAACUCGGAGCUAGACCUGUUUGUGUUGACUGUGCUGGAGGAUGUCGAGCCUCGAAAUGUCGACAAUGCGCUCCGUGCGGGCAUCCUCUUUCGCAAUAGCCCCCAUCCGAUAGUGCGGAUAUUCACGCUAUGUGGCCGGUCUGCCAUGCAUGUUCUGGGAUCGACCAACCCGAGAGAACCUCCGACGACGGCGUUCAAUCCUUCGCAUUUAAUUGUGACGACCCACCCCUCGAGCAAAGUUCCCCGGAUACACUGCCCGCCGGAGACCAACCUUUCGGUUCAAGUCAUCAUGUUUCAUCGCCCCCAUCCGACGAGGAUGGAGUAUAUGUCGUUGGAUCCGAUCUCGCUGGCACUCGGGGAUAAGGCGCUCGCGGUGGACAAGUCGGAUGCGCUGGCGGAUGAGAUCGAGACGGAGGAGGAGUUGGACAAAGCCAAGUCUAAGAUGCUGGUCGAGAAGCUCAAGCUCCAUACGGUUGUCAAGCAUGUGCCGUCGGCCAAGGAACAGGCGCUGCCCCUCAUCGUCAACCAGGUCAACUGCGCAUACGAGAUGGCCAAGCUCAUGGAAAAGAACAGCCACCUGAUCGGGAUCCGCGUCAAGAGGAGCAUGAGCGUGGGCGAGCGCGUGGUGGAGUCUGCCAGCACGCUGUGGGAUCUCUUCAUCCUUGGGGUGUCGUACGUGUUCUGGCAAUGGAUCUGGCCCGUGGCCACUCGCGUUUUCGUCGUCGGCUUGGUGUUCCACCGUACCAUCGCCGAGGUCGUCCUGCAGGUCCUUGAAUGGCGCGCUCGUCCUGACGCGGCGGCUUUGAAAGAUAUAUCUGCGACGGCGCAGCAGGUGGAUAUCCGACUCCAGCAGUUUUGCUAUUGGCCCAUACAGUAUGUCAAGCUGCGGCAGAGGAAGGAUAACUGGGAGAGCGUGACCACCAGCCAUCCGGACUAUAUUCGAUUCUACAACAGUCUGUGGCUGGUUGCUAAUGAUGUGAUUAUCGGGAUCGCGCUGGGGUCAUAUAUCAUUGAUAAUGCGCACUGGGUGGCGUUCCAGAUCAACACCGUCCUCACUGGGUGGACGGUGGAGGGGCUGCAGCGGACCAUCUCAUGGCUGAUGGACUGGCCGGCAGGUCUGAAGCUCAACAAUGAGCUCGCAGCUUUUCUGGGUGACCUGUUUCUAUGGGUCAUUGAGAACUGGGCAGCAUGUAUCGCCAACCUCCAACCCUACCUCCCCCACAUCAUCUACGUCGUGGGAUGCUCCAGCUUCGCCGGCGCCAGCAUGCCCAUCGCGCUCUUCUCCGACCUCGUAUCGAUCCUCACAGUCCACAUCUACUCGUUCUACAUCGCGUCUGCGCGCAUCUUCAACUGGCAGCUCACGAUAAUCAUCUCCCUCUUCCACCUCUUCCGCGGCAAAAAGCGGAACGUGCUCCGCAAUCGUAUUGAUUCGUGCGACUACGACCUGGAUCAGCUGCUCAUCGGGACCAUCCUUUUUACCGUCCUUUUCUUCCUCCUGCCGACGGUCAUCGUGUUCUACCUCGCUUUCGCUACAGCGCGCAUGCUCAUCAUCUCCGUGAAGGCGGCCCUCGAUACGUGUCUUGCUUUUUUGAACCACUUCCCGCUGUUUGCGCUAAUGUUGCGCGUGAAGGACUCGCGGCGGUUACCAGGCGGUAUCCGAUUCGAACUCCGCGAAGAGCAAGACAAAACCUCCGACCCACCAUCCACAAAGCCCUACAUCCACCUAGAGUCCAUCCCCCUCGCCCUCCGCGCCAUGUUCGACCAAUACUUCCAACUCGGUCAACGCCUCCGCAAACACUACCUCUCCCCGCGAGUCAUCUUCUGCCUAAUGACAGGCCGCUUCGUGCCGCCCAUCCACCGCCGCAACCUGUAUAGCAUGCAGUACAGCAUGCUGCCUGCGCGCCGCGCCGGCAUGGCCGAGGUGUGGUCGAUGCUGACGCAGCCGCGGAAACCAAGUGGGGGAGGCGGCGGGUCGUCUUCGUCUGGGGGUGGGAUGGGCGGGUCGGCGAAUGGGGCGGUUAAGGUGUCUGGGUAUGGACAUGGGUAUGGGUAUGGGCAUGGACAUGGGGAUUUGAGGAGAAGGGGACAUCGGUGA